ACCGAAAACGUGUGAUUGCCACAAGAGCAGCCAUGUUCAUGCAAGAGGACUCGUUCGAGGACGACGGCCGCGGGAAGCAGCGCGACCUCGCCAAGGACGUCGACAGCCGCCUCAACAUCUCGCGCGAGCCCCACCCCAACAUGCUCGACGACGACGAGAUCGAGGAGAUUGGCGGUCCCGCCGGUAGCCGCUCCAGCGUCAUCCAGCAGCAGCGCGAUUUGCACAAGAAGAAGAUGCAGGAGCGCAUGAGCGGAGGCGUCGUGCGCACGACCGGCGCGCGGCAGUUUUCGACCCCGCGCUCGAUGGACAUUGACGAGAAGCCCUCCCGGUUCGGCCGCGACGACGACUUUAUCGAUGACCGCGCCUCGGCGAAGAAGGCGGCGCCCGCGCGUUUUGCGCGUGACGACGACGACGACGACGACGACGGAAGCGCCCGGCGCCGAUCAACGCCCAAGAAGGCCAACCGCUCGUGGCGCGACGAAAGCCCCGAAGAUGAUCGCCGAAAGAGCCGACCCGCGGAGAAGGAUCGGCGCAAGCCGCGCGCCGGUGACAGCGACGACGACGAUGACGACGACGACCGCCGACCACCGAUGAACAAGCGCGGGUCUCGUGGUGGGGACAGCUACCCGGAGCGCACCAAAGGCAGCAGCGAGACGUGGGUCGAGAGCGGCAAAGCCAGCAAGGCCAAGAAGGGCCGCGACCACUCGAGCUCGCCCGACUUGUCGUCCGAAGACGAAGCCAACGACGACGGUGCCGUGAGCACGUUCGACCCAGACAAAGGCAAGCCGAAGAAACCAGUCGUCAAGAAGGGCAAACUCGACCUCCUCGACAUGAAGGCCUUUCUCAUGCGGCCCGUGCCCAAGGCGUGCGACGUGGUCGAGUGCUACAUUGAGCGCAACCGGUCGGGCUCCAACAAGAUGUUCCCCGAGUACUGUUUGUACCUCAAGGACGGAGACCGGUUCCUCUUGACGGCCAAGAAGCGUCCGAACAACCGCACGAGCAACUACCUCAUCUCGAUGCAGCUCGGCGACCUCGCGCGCAAGGGCAGCGAGAACUUUCUCGGCAAGCUCCGCGCCAACUUUAUCGGGACCGAGUUUGUCAUUUACGACAAUGGCAUCAACCCCAAGAGCGCGGACCAGCACACGCUGACGGUCAACCCCGCGGGCAUUCGCCAAGAGCUCGGGAUCGCAGUCUAUGCCAAGAACGUGCUCGGGCACCGCGGGCCGCGCAAGAUGAAGGUGUGCGUGCCCCGCGUGCGCGAGGAUGGCACGCGCGUGGUGUGGCGCCCCGUCACAAAAGAGGACGAGAUGGUCAACAAAUGCAAGGAGCAGGACCAUACGAACCUCACGUAUUUGAUCAACAAGCCGCCGCGCUGGAACGACCAGGUCGGCGCGUACGUGCUUAACUUCAACGGCCGCGUCACGAUGGCCUCGGUCAAGAACUUCCAGCUCGUGACGCCCGAAGACCAAGAGACGGUCAUUUUGCAGUUUGGCCGCGUGGGCAAGGAGCUCUUUACGAUGGACUUUCGCGCGCCGCUCUGCCCGCUGCAAGCGUUUGCGAUCACGCUCAGCAGCUUUGACUCGAAGCUGGCGUGCGAGUAGAUCGCGCGAAUACACACCA